AAACAUAGUAGCAAAAAUAGUGUUUUUAAUAGAAAGUGGAAGUAUUUUUUAUGGAAGUAAAAAAAAUAAAAGAGAAAAAGGAAUAUAUAUAUAAAAUACCUGCAAGGGAGUGAGUUUUGCAUUGAAUAAUUGUUGAGGUGAGUGGUAAGUGUGAUCCAAGGGGGCACACCAAUUAGAGGGUGUGAGACAAUUUACGAUCUGAUCCCACUGGUAGAAGCGGCUAAGCCUCCGGCGAUACCAAAACGAGAAGUGGUCGAGGCGAUAUUCCCUCCGGCAGCUCGCUGAACCCUCAGCUUACAGUCUGCUUCACUAAUCUAUUGAAUCCCAUCUUUCGAUGAAGAAGAGAAUUCGAUUGAAGCCAUGAACUCUCGAGCCACCGUCCUUUCCAUGACCUGGCCUGUGAUUAGGUACACUCAAGCAUUCUCGAAAUCGUCAACAAAGGAAACAAAAAUCAUCGAAAAAGAGAAAUGCCAAAUCAAAGAAAAAGAAAUGACCUACUUCAGGAAGGAUCAUAACCUUGGUAGCUGGUGUUUAUACUUGUUUCUGUUGGCAUAUUUCGUGUGAUUUAUGUUUUAAAUCCUUGAGAUUCUAGGCUGCAGCUUCCAAUAUCCGCGGUGCAAAGUGUGGAUGACUGCAGAGUUUGGCCCAUGGCUGUAACCACAGACUGGUGUAGUCUUUUGGCAUUGAUCUAAAUUUAUGGACAUAGGAUCUUGGUUUUCUAGCUUGUUGGUUCUAGGCAUUGGAAUCUUUGUUUUCUGUUGUUUGCUUUAGCUAGUAACUUUAGGCUUUCUCUCUUGUAAAGUUAGGAUUUUUAUAGUGCUUUACCUCUUAUGGUUAAGACUUAAGAGUCUGGAUUUCAACAUUAGUACUACUAUGCAGCCUAUGCCUAUGCUUGGGUUACUUGUUUUCUUCCCGAGGGGCUUUGGUUAGAUCCUCCCCUCUUGUUUUCUCUUUUGUUUUCUAUAAUAAACUCUUUUUCUUUAA